AUGGAAUUAGCAAAUAAAUUUUUUAGUAAGCUUUUUGGUGAAAAAGUUGGAGAAGACGAAUUUGGCAACAUAUUUUAUAAAUCAAAUAGGUUUUCAAGGUAUUUUAGUAGAGAUAUGAGAUGGGUUAUUUAUAAUGGUAUUCCUGAAGCAACUAAAAUCAGUGCUAAUUGGUAUAGUUGGUUGCAUCAUCAAGAUGAUAAGUUACCUAUAAAAAAUACAAAAACAUUAUAUAAAUGGGUCAAGCCUAGGACUCCUAAUUUAUCUGGGUCUGAAUUGUCUUAUUAUCCACCUGGACAUUUUUUUUCAAAUGAUAAGAGUUCUGAUCAUAAAUUAGAUAAAAAUGAUCAAUAUAUAAUCAAUGCUAUAUUUGAUAAUAUUGAUGGUAUUAAAUUAGGUAGUGGAGUAAAAGUAAGUGGCGUAGUUAUUGGAAAAGUUACUUCUCAACGUUUAGAUUAUGAUACUUAUUCAGCUGAAGUUCAAAUGCUCAUUAAUAAAAAAAUUAAAUUACCAGAGGAUAGUUCAGCUCAAAUAGUAAGUUCAAGUAUUUUAGGUGAUAAAUAUAUAUCUAUUACACCAGUGCAGAAAACUCAAUUAGUUAAAUACACAAUUAUAAUAUUUAUUUACUUAACUUUUAUAUUUAAUUGUAAUCAAUACAUUAGUGCAUUCGAGGAAAUAGAGAAUGAGAAUGCAGAAUCUCCAUUUAGUGUUCUUGAUGAAGAUAUUUAUAAAUCAACUAACUCUGAUUUAGAUAUUACUAAGCAAUCGAUAAUUCAGGGAGAAUUAGAAUCUUUUAAUUUAGCAAAAAUUAGAAUUUUAGACUAUAAUACUGGCCAUAGCUCUAAUAAAGAAUUAAAAUUAGAAGAGAAUUUAGAAUUGACAGAAGGGUUAUUUGUCAAUCUUAAAGAAUGUAAAAAAGAUAUAAAAGAUACUUUAAAUCCAGUUAGUAUGGCUUUUAUUUCCGUUACAAAUCAUGAUAAAAUUAUCUAUGAAGGUUGGAUAUUUUCUAAAAAUACUUCUAUUGCAUUACCAAAGAUUGAUGAUGGACUUAUAUAUUUAACUAGUUGUGAUAAUCAAGUUAUUAAUGAAGAAGAAGUGAAUAAAUAA